AUGUCCAGAUCCCGACAAAUAGUACCAAGCGGGACGUCUGGCUCCCGAAUUGAGAGAGUGUCUCAACAGUCUGGCUCCUCAUCAACUGUCCAAGUUCCUGGUAUGCUCAGACUAAGAGCGGAAAAUGAACCGAUAGUGGAAAGUAUUGCCGAGGACGGAGGCUCUCAUCGGCAUAUACGUUGGAGUGAGGAUGUGAUAGAUAAUGAAGGAAUGGGGAAGAAGAGCUCCAAAGUAUGCUGCAUCUACCAUAAAUCUCGACCUGUUGGUGAAAGUAGUUCAGAGUCCGAGUCGUCUGAUUCAAGUUCAUCUGAUUCCGAAGGUGAUAGUGAAAUAGAUAAUUCCAGGGCCAGCAUGGGCGCUUCACACGCGCAUAAUCACGCCAGCCAUUGUUCGCAUGAGCAUGAAUCCGAGAAUUCCAGGGAAAAGGGGCGGCGAUUAACAUAUUGCCCAAAUCACAAUAACAAAAAGAUGAAGCGGAGAAAGCCGAGCCCCAACGCUUACGAGAAAAUGCCUAAGAAGACGCAAGGUCGCUGA